CUCUCCAUCCCCAUUCACUUCGGUAACUCUAACGGCAAUGCCUCCAACGGAGGAGACUACUCCCCGUUCUCCCCAAUGUUCCUCGACUCGCUCGCCGCUCUCCAUCGUUACCUCCCGUCUAAUGAGUCUGACUCGCUAGCUGAGGACCCGGACGUGCCAAUGAACCCGAUCUCCUGCGAUCAGUUCCGGAUGUUCGAGUUCAAGGUCCGGAGGUGCGCGCACGGCAGGUCGCACGAUUGGACCGACUGUCCAUACGCCCACCCGGGCGAGAAGGCCCGGCGUCGCGACCCGAGAAAGUACCACUACUCUGGCGCUGCAUGCCCUGACUUCCGCAAGGGCCACUACACGAAGGGUGACUCGUGCGAGUUCGCUCACGGUGUUUUCGAGUGCUGGCUCCACCCGGCCUGGUACCGGACCCAGCCAUGCAAGAACGGGUUGCGCUGCAACCGCCGGGUCUGCUUAUUUACCCACACACCUGAACAGUUCCGGGUCCUGCCCGGUCAGAGCCCGAGAACCCAAGCGUCGGGAGCUUUGGACUCGUAUCCAUUUGGUUCGUCCCCCACCUCGAUCCUGAUGUCACCUCCAUUGUCUCCACCGCCAUCAUCAUCCCCAGCUUGAUCAGAGCUCGCAGUACAGUUGGAGUAGCGCGUACGGCUGUCUGGUGAACCCUCUCGGAGCGGUUCGAUCCACUUUCGAGAAGACGAUUGCGUUGGGAUCCGAGUCGACCUUCUUCAGCGACAGGGACUGGGGCGACGUCGAUCUCUUCCGCAACUUUCUCUACAAACGACGGCAGCCUCUCUCAGGUGCCACUUCUGA